UUCUGACACCCCCUUAAAUAAAUAAAUAAAUAAAUAAAUAAAUAAAUUGGAAAAAUAAAUCCAGUUGCUAAGUUGAUUGCUGUUUUCGUAUGGUUUUGGUUAAUAAUUAAGCGUUAAUUGUUGUUCCUGCUGUUGUAUUUCUGGUACUGGCAAGAAAUAUGCUGCCUAGGAAGGUGCAGCAGAAGAAAGGCGUUCGCGUACUGAAGCAGGCUUCCAAGCGCCCCUCAACUCAGCAUCACCAGUCGUCUGAUGAAGAGGAGGAUAUGGGCACCAUUCGUGCUUUGGUGGCGCGAGUAGAUGCGCUGGAAAGGGAGCGUUUGCAGCCUUGUGAUGCAGGGGCGGGGCCCAGUACUGCCUCCACAGGUAAGAAGUCUGCCCGCCUCGCGGAGAAGUGCACUAAGUCAAGAAUUCUUGCUUCUUUGGUUUCUAUGAUUGGCGUUCUUGAAGCUGCCGCAUCGGCGGAGGAGCCUGCAGUUCUCCCAUCCCCAGUGGCUUCGUCUGUGGUUCCGCUUGCGUCCUCCUUCCCCGUGUUUUCACGUCCUGCUGUAGAUGGGUUGUUGCAGGGACAGGCUCAGUCUCCACAGUCCAGUGUCUUGCCCGGGUCGUCCGAGUCCUCUGCUUUGGUUGCUUCGCCGCUUGUUGCUUCUCCGGCUGCUUACGCAGGCAUUUUGAAUCUUCCAGUCCCGGUGCGGAUCGUUCUGUGUGGACAUUCCAUCUUGUUUUGGGCACAUCGGAGGGCCUCUUCAUUGUUUUCUGGGACGCAGCUGCAGCUUUCUGCAUCAGCGAUAGUUAGCUGGGAGGCGCGGAGGGGCAUGUUAUGGUAUGCGUUGUUGCCAUUGGUGUGCCGCACCAUGGCAUCAGCGGCACAGCCGCAUAUUUUGUUAAUUCAUUUGGGGGAGAAUGACCUUGUGCAGCGCCCUGGUAUGGACUUGCUGCUUAAGGUCAGGCGUGAUCUCACGUGGCUUAGGCGUUCUUAUCCUAAUCUAAUUUUGGUGUGGUCUGAUAUGCUCGUGAGACGAGUAUGGAGGGGUGCAAUUCACCCAAACAAAAUUGAUAGAUCGUGCAAAUGGGUGAACAGGAAGGUCAGGGAUUUGAUUUUAUCCCUUGGGGGGGCGUGCAUAUCCCAUGAUAGGAUAAAGUUUUAUUCCCCUCAAUUGUUUAGGGACGAUGGCGUCCACUUGUCUGAGAGGGGAUGUGAUUUGUUUUUAGAGGAUUUGAGGUUGGGUUUAAGGAGUCUGUUUUCUUUAUUGGGUUGAGGGGACCAAGCUUGAGCUGAUCCCCUCUUGUGGCAUGGAAUUCGGGCAGGUGAGGUAUAUUGGGUUAUUUUGAGGCGGUUAAAGUAUACAGGUAAGGGGCACUCCCCAGGGAACCAUCAAAGCUUAAUGCCUGGUGGCGAACUGAGGAGUGUCCUUGUGGGACCUGCUUGCGCAUCAGGGUGAACGCCUGUACGGCGGGGCCAUGGUGCGGAGGUGGGAACCACAACUGACUUCAGCAGCAAGGAGGGAGGUUUUCCCCCACGUCCUUGGCUAUGGAGUUAAGGUCUGAAGAGAAUUAUUUGCCUUUAGAAGGCGUGGGAAUAUUCCCACAUUUGUAGGAGGCCUCACCUGCCCGAAGCAAUUUAAUCUGAUGAAUUGGCUUA